GCUCUCGCUGCGCAGGCGUAGUGCUGGGCUUCGCCACCCGAGCGUCCGGCGUCCCCGACUUCCCGGAGCGCCGGCCUGGGACGGGCUUCUGUGCGGCGGAGCGGCCGGUAUGGCGGAGGCGAUGGAUCUGGGUAAGGACCCCAAUGGGCCCACCCACUCCUCCACUCUGUUCGUGCGGGAGGACGGCAGCGCCAUGUCGUUUUACGUGCGGCCCAGCCAGGCCAAGCGGCGGCUGUCGACGCUCAUCCUGCACGGCGGCGGCACCGUGUGCCGGGUGCAGGAGCCCGGGGCCGUGCUGCUGGCCCAGCCCGGGGAGGCCCUGGCCGAGGCUUCGGGCGACUUCAUCUCCACGCAGUACAUCCUAGACUGCGUGGAGCGCAACGAGAGGCUGGAGCUGGAGGACUACCGCCUGGGCCUGGCUGAGCAGGCUGCGGACACCGAGGGCUCCGCGGAGCCGGAGCCGCAGCCCCUGACCGGGCGCGUGGCCUACACCGACGCGGACGACGUGGCCAUCCUGACCUACGUGAAGGAGAACGCCCGCUCGCCCAGCUCGGUCACGGGCAACGCCUUGUGGAAAGCGAUGGAGAAGAGCUCGCUCACGCAGCACUCCUGGCAGUCGCUCAAGGACCGCUACCUCAAGCACCUGCGGGGCCAGGAGCACAAGUACCUGCUCGGGGACGCCCCGGUCAGCCCGUCCUCCCAGAAGCUCAAGCGCAAGGCGGAGCAGGACCCCGAGGCCGCGGACAGCGGAGAACCACAGAACAAGAGAACGCCAGACUUGCCUGAAGAAGAGUGUGUGAAGGCAGAGACCAAGGAGAACGAUGAGUCCGUCAAAAAGCUGUUCCAGGAAGCCACUCGGGAGUUUGAGGAAGCCGUGGUGAAUGAGAGCCCUGACUUUGAAAUUCAUAUAACAAUGUGUGAUGACAAUCCACCCACACCUGAGGAAGAUUCAGAAACACAGCCAGAUGAGGAAGAAGAGGAACCAAAAGUUUCUACGCAGGAAGUGGGAACUGCCAUUAAGAUCAUCCGGCAGCUAAUGGAAAGGUUUAACUUGGAUCUAUCAACAGUCACGCAGGCCUUCCUGAAAAACAGUGGUGAGCUGGAGUCCACCUCCUCCUUCUUAGAGUCUGGACGGAGACCUGAUGGUUAUCCAAUUUGGUCCCGGCAAGAUGACUUAGAUUUGCAAAAGGAUGAUGAGGACACUAGAAAUGCAUUGGUCAAAAAAUUUGGAGCUCAGAAUGUUGCUCGGAGGAUUGAAUUCCGAAAGAAAUAAUGGACAAGAAAGUGAAGAAGGUAUGGCGGGUGACCAUAUAAACAUCUCGUGGCCAUUGAACCUGAACAGUUCUGGGAGCCCCAGAUUUUGUAGCCAAGCAGUGUUAUGUAGCAGGAUAAAGCAAAAGAAACCGGAACUAGAGCUGUCCAUGGCAGGGGUCCCCAUGUUUAGGAAGAUCUGAAGCAGGAGGUUGCUCUGUAUAGUAGUGGUUCUUUGUUGGAAUGCAGCUGCUGUUGUAUCGGUGACGAGAGCCUCGUGUCAAAGUCAAAGCUGGAACUGCAAAGGCAUAGGCCGUUCACUCUUUUUGAGUAAAUGAUCUUGUCUUUUGGCAGAAGUUGCUUUAGAUGGAGAAUCCCAAACCAAGAGCCUAGAAAUAAGAUCUGAUUGCAGAGCCUGUGCUGUGGGCCGUCCCACCAGCCACCUCCAGGGAGCUCUGAUUCCCGCUGUGUUGAAAAACUCUACAGUCAGCUGCCAGCCGCCCUGGAAGUCUCCGCCCCUUCCUUGGCUGUUGCUUUUUGAGUUCUGAGUCAGGCCUCCAGCAUGCAUCUGCUCACUUAGCGCUCAGUUUUGUGUACCAUAAAACCCUAGACUUGGAGGGGCAUCAACACAUAAAGGAUGUCAUACACAGACUUCACCGUCAAAAUCAGAGAAAAAAGCCAAGUUACACACCUCUGGGCCUGAAGAGCUGGCUCAGUGGUAAGAGCACUGUCUGCUUUUUCAGAGGUCCUGAGUUCAAUUCCCAGCAGCCACACGGUGGCUCACAACCUCCUAUACUGGGAUGUACUCUUCCGGCGUGCAGGUGUGCGUGCAGAUGGAACACCCAUCUACGUAGAAUAAAUAAAUGCUUAAAAUAAACACGCAUCUUACAUGCUCACUGUGCUGUGAGUUUACAGUCCUGUGUUCCUCUUUUGUAGCUGCCCUCAGUCUGUUGGAUACUGUUGAUUGUGAUGUGUUGUCUUAAAAUUUUAUGGAAUAUAGGUUUUCUGCUGAAAAUUGUCUAGACUUAAAAUUUAGUGGAUUGGUCCACCUUGUUGUGUUGCUUUUUCAUUGGAAAUAAAUACAAUUUGUGUUUGAGUCUUGUCAACAA